AUGACUAGUCUGCGUUCAGAUGGACGAAAAAUAUUGAAUGGUCAAGUCGAAACAACGCAAGAUCCUCAAAUCAUGUGGAACGAUCUGUUAACAAAAUCAGCUGCUUGCAAAAUUCAGUCGAAACAUAUCAAUGAGAACAAUUUAAACAAUAUUGAAAGAGAAGAAUGUAACGACGAUGCAAUCAAUUACUGCGGCCAACAAAUAACUAAACCUGAAGAAUCAAAUACGGAACAUCUGGCUGAGGAUGGUACCACUCAGUACGACGAUUCCACACGAACAGAAUCUGAUAGAUCAGAACGCAAGGAUGGUCGAGUUUGA